AAAGAAGAGAAAAGAAAAAGAAAAAGAAAUCCACCUUAGCUCUUAUUAGCAGGCCUUUUAUAAUCCGGAAAAGCUUAGAAGAAAAACCACUUCGAAAACCUGAAAAACAUCGCUUUGCCCUCUCUCCAGUCUUCAUCCAAGGGUGGUUUUGGGUGUUUAUCUCUCUAACUUUUGAAAGAAAAGUGGUUUUCUAAUGUCGAUCGAUUGGAAAGAAGCGUGCAAUUUGGGCGGGUUAUGGACAAACGAGAAGCAUUGGAAUUUCCUAAACUCCAUAGAAGCGACGUUUGUUAGUACGAUGGUGGAGAAUGGCGGUUUAAUGUAUCUUCAUCCUCCCCUUGAUCGCUACAUUCCUGACAGAUCUGACUCUACACUCGAUCUGCAAAGCCACAGAAAUAGUAGAAGGAAACGAGUUUAUUUCCCCGUCGGUGUUGAUGUCUUGCAUCCAAACACGACCUCCGACGACGCUGGAACGGAGGAAUGUAACAAAAGACGAUCAAGGCAACCACGAGAUGCAUCGGAAGAUCAGGUGGUCCCGCAGGUUUCAGACACGAAAGCUGAUAAGAUUAAUUGCAGCGAUGAGGAAGUCGCCGUCACAGAUGAAAAAGCUCUGUCAGCUUCGCCGUUAGACAGGAAGACAAGUUAGAAAUGGUUUCCUUUGGGAUUUUAUUUGAUAGAUUUUUAAUUAAAAGAUUAGGUUUAGAUUUUUCAGAAUAGUUUUUGGAGAAUCGGAGAUGAUUAGGAGCUGCUUCAGAUUUUUGGCUUUCCAGGCUCAGGUUUGAUAAUUUGUUAUCAGGAAAUAACAAAUUAUGGAAUUUCUAGAAUUUUUUUUUUUUUUUUUUGCCCUUUCCUUCUUCUUGGCUUCUUGCCAUUAUAAUAAUGUUUGUUUCCUGAUCUUUUCAUAAUUUAAUACUCUUUCUUACCAAA